AUAUAUAUGCCAGCGUGUUUGUGUCGCGCGUGUGUGUGUGUGUGCGAGCCUUCCUUCCAGCGUGUGGCAGUGCGGUACUCUACUUAGCUUUCCCUGUAGUGAAGCCAUGAAGAAAGACAGCCAACUGGAACGGUGGAAAUUGCCUGGCGUCCUCUUGAUGUCCCUGUUGCUUCCCUUCGCUGCUGCUCAGAGCGGGACGGAACGUGUUGACCUGGUGCGUCUCUCCGGGGGGCAAGGACCUCACGAGGGCAAUAUACAGGUCGAGGUGGACGGUGAGUGGGGCUACGUUUGUGAUGAUGGCUUCGGUUUCGAUGAAGCUGACAUAGUGUGCAAGGAGCUCGGCUACGACGUGGCGGAGGCGUUCACUCGAAACAACCACUUCGGUGAUAAUUCUGCAGCAUGGCGUCGAAGCUCAGUCAAGUUUUGGCUAAGUGACGUCAACUGUUCUUUGGCCACCAGCCUCACUACCUGCACCUCUGCUCGGCUAGGACAACACCAGUGUGGCCCCACUGAGAUCGCAGGCGUGUCGUGUCGAAGGGAGGAGGCGCAGUGCGAGGCAAACCUGUUCCCAUGCAGCACAGGAAGCGAGUGUUUGCCUCGCGAGUCAGUAUGCGACAACGUUACUGACUGUGACGACGGAAGUGACGAGGCUGAGACACUCUGUUUGGAUGUGGGCGUCACCAGGCUGACGUCAAACCUCGCUAAUGCCAACAUCCCUGGCGCUGCCCUGGGACUAGUAUACAUUAAGUUUGAAGGCGUGUGGGGCACCGUGUGCGAUACUGACUUUGACAAUAAUGAUGCCAAGGUUAUCUGCCGAAGUCUCGGAUACGAGGGUGGAUGGAGUCUGGCGUUCAGCAGGGGUUACUUCGGAGUGGGCAGCGAGGAGACCCCGAUAUGGGUUGGCUCGCCAGGCUGCCUCGGGGAUGAAGAGUGGAUUGGCCAGUGUGCACCUGAAAGAUCGGGUGAAAUUUUUUGCGCCCAUAUUGAGGAUGCCAGCGUCUUCUGCUAUGAUGGGGAAGCGGAGGUGCGGCUGGCGGAUGGUGGAGCGCAAGGGGCUGCUGGAGUCGUGGAGAUGCGUCUUGGAGGUGAAUGGGGCGCUGUGUGCGACUCUCGCUUUGAUGAUUUCGAUGCUUGGGUAGUGUGUAAGAUGUUGGGUUACAAUGGGGACGACAGUCGGGCGUACAAACAGGCUGGAGGUGCCGCACGUACUGUGUGGCAGAUGCACCUGGACUGUCUCGGCCACGAGACCCACGUACAACAGUGCCGCUUGAGGUUCAACAACGAAACCUGUAGCAGCACCGCCGGAGUCGUGUGCUCCUCCACGUCAGGAACCCUGAAUUCUGGCUUGCAAUCGCUGCUGCCGAAACAGUGUGGCGAAGCAGAGGAUGCCUCCCAAUUCUUCCUCACCCGUCUGGCUAAGGUUCGCUUCGGCGAAACCCCCACCCGCUUUGACCACCCGUGGUUAGUGUCUCUUCGUCGGCAGCGACUUGGUUCUGCCCAAGAGGGUGUAUUGCAGUGUGGUGGCACCAUCAUUUCAGAGUACUACAUAGUGACAGCGGCUCACUGUCUCUCACAUCUUGGCUCCCUUAACCUUGUGGUGCGCGUCGGGGACCACACGGCAAACCUCCGCGAACAGAGCGAAGAGGAGUAUUUCAUUGACAAGAUUUGGAAGCACGAGGAGUUCUCACUAUAUUCUUUCAAUGAUAACGACGUUGCUCUCCUGAAAGUGCAGCCGAAGGAUGGCCGUGGAAUAAGGUUCAGCUCAAAAGUCAUGCCCCUGUGUUUGCCGCACGUUGGUGAGAGUUACGAGGGCCUCCAGGAUUGUUCCAUCGUCGGCUGGGGACCCACCUCACUUCUAGAGGCGGAUUCGAAUCAACCCAAUGUCGGUAAAAUCAUCAUCAGACCAGACCAUGACUGUGAGGAGGCCUUUGUCAAAGGCACCAAUAACUUCACGUCGUCCUUCGUGUGUGCCGGAAGUCCUUUGGGUACUGUCAACUCCUGCGUUGGUGACUCCGGUGGGCCCUUUUCCUGCAGGCGACCAGGAGAGACCAAGAAGUCGCUCUACGGUAUUGUCUCCUUUGGCAACAGCUGCAAACCGUUCUUGGCUCCAGACAGCCUCACUCGCGUCACCAAGUAUUUAAGGUGGAUUUACGACAAGAUGUCGAAGAGCAGUUAAUUUUGAGUGUGACUACCCAUGAUAUGGACUCUACCAUCUCCCCCUCUGAUUUUCAAACAAUGCAGGGAAUGUCAAGAUUCUUCUCAUAGCUGUUCUAACAUAGUCAAAAAUGUAAAUUUUAAGAAAGAACAUUUUACUCUUGGUUAUUUUUAUCAAAUUAUAUAUACUGAAGGAGAUUAAAUUUUAUGUAUGAAUCGCUAUGAAUAAUACAGGAGACCUGAUAAGCCAUGAACAGACGCUACUCGUUCAUCAUGAGUUACUAGGAUAUACCCUGGUGACUCAUGGUUAGCGACUAAUAUGCUUCACUGACUAUUCUGACCUUUGUCGUUAGCCUGAAGUGCAUUGAAUAUCAAUCCGCACUUCUAGUGUUCUUUGGUAAAGCACAUGUUUUGCUUACUGUCCGCAAGUGAAACGAUUAAUGAGAGGGUCAUGAGAGGGCCGGACAGCCCCAUCUAAUCAGGCUGGAUAAAUAAUCACCCCAGCUUAGGAAAAUAAUUAUUGCAUGGACUGCAAGCUUUUUUUUUUUUCCAGCUAUACACCAUCCACGUCCUUGGUUCUGCAGAUUCACCCUAAACGGGUAGUUUCAGACAUUAAGUUUACUAUUUAUCACGUGCUGUAGAAAUUACUUGACACAGGAAAUGGUUAGUGCAACUUUCAGUUAACAGAAUCGAGUGACCUGUUCUGUACAAAAUAAACUGGUACCUGAAGAAACUUAAAUAAAAUAUAAAUCUAAUAUUUUCUGCUCCAAAUCUUAAAAACCAAGGACACGAAGCUAGUUUCGUCAACUUGUACGAUUCAACAUGUUACUCAACAUUAGCAACAGAGAACCUUACCUACCUACCAAGGAACCGUAUCAUCCUCACUGUCAGCCUGCUCGCACGCCCUUCAUAUCUCAAUUUUUUUUUUUUUUUUUUUUUUCGGAAAUAAAUAUGUUUAAAUCCAUGACCCAAAUUUGAGAAAAAAAAAAAAAACAUUUAAAUAAACAUUGAUAAUACUAAGAAGCUAUUACUGCUGCGUUUUAUGUAAGAACGUUGUAGAAUAUUAUAUAAGUUUUUUGUUUCCAUUUUGCAUCAAUUUUUGCUGUUAUGAAGAUAUAGAGAAAAACGUGCAGUGACAUUAUUCAAUCCAUUACGGGUUGACGAGGAUGUUUACAAGCAUCUAAAAUGGCGCAGAGCAGUUAUAUACAAAUUACGUGGAUUUUUGAGAUACUCAACGAAAAAAAAAUAAACACUACAUAUGGUUAAAA